AUUUGCUGUUUUCUCGUCCGGCUGUUAGUUUUACAUUUCGCUUUAAUGUUAUUAACAGAACCAAAAAUUGCUUAAUGGCCAAAUCUUAACAAUUUAAAAUUUUGUUAGAAUUUAAAUUAAAUGGAGGAGGAUAUAUUUACUACGCGCACCAAAGAGCUUUCCGCUGACGAGCUAAAUAAGCUGGAGGAGCAAAACAAACGUUUGGUGCCCGAAUUCAAGGCGAAUAAAUUGGAGAUCGAUGCGCAGCGGCAUUGGGAUUUAUUCUAUAAGAGAAAUGAAACACGUUUCUUUAAGGAUCGCCAUUGGACAACUAAAGAGUUCCAGGAGCUGCUGGCGGAGGAGUAUAAAGGAGAGAGACGUAGGCUCUUAGAGGUGGGCUGCGGCGUUGGCAAUCUGGUCUUUCCCCUACUGGAGGAGCAGCUCAAGGAACAGACCAGUGAGCACGGUUUCUAUUUCUAUGCCUGCGACUUCUCACCACGUGCCGUGGACUUUGUGCGAGCAAAUCCUCUGUACGACACAAACCAUAUAACCGCCUUCCAGUGCGACAUAACAACGCAACAGGUGCAUGAGCACAUCGAAGCAGCAAGCCUCGAUGUCUGCACCAUGAUCUUUGUGCUCUCCGCCAUACAUCCUGACAAAUUCGUUGAUGUCGUCAGGAAUCUAUGGCAAUUACUAAAGCCUGGUGGAUUAGUGCUGUUUCGCGACUAUGGUCUAUACGACAUGGCUCAGCUACGCUUUAAGCCGGGUCAUAAGAUCAGCGAAAACUUUUAUAUGCGACAGGACGGCACUCGCAGCUAUUAUUUUGCCCAAGAAGAGCUGUCGGAGAUCUUUAGUCAAAACGGCUUCGACGUGCUAGACAACAACUAUGUGCAUCGACGCACCCUUAAUCUCAAGGAGGGCAUCGAUGUGCCGCGGAUUUUCCUUCAGGCCAAAUUCCGCAAGCGCUCCGACAGGUAAUGAUAAUUAUAGCUAACA